AUGUUACGCAGCAAAAUAGUUCAGGUUUCAAACGUAGCUCGCAAUUUACGAGUUGUCGGCUUUUCUAGUGAUACUACGAAAGAUGUAGACACUACAUACAUGGAGAUUCCCGUCUACAAUGUGGACAAGCCACAAACAUUAGAGAAGAGAAAGGCCAGAUUACAUUAUCAAUCCCGCAAACGAGGAAUGUUGGAAAAUGACCUACUUUUGAGUACCUUUGCUAAGAAAUACUUAGAUGGGUUUACUGAAGAGCAAACUAUGAAGUAUGAUCGUCUUAUCAACUCUCCAAGUAAUGACUGGGACAUAUUCUAUUGGAUGGUGGGAAAAAAGCCAACACCAACAGAGUUUGACAAUGAAAUUAUGGAAAUGCUGAAGCAACAUGCUAAAAAUGAAGAACGAGUAACACUUUCCCAACCACCACUACAUUAA